AUCUAUCACUUUAUUAGUCAGAAUUUUAAUUUUCUGGAGAAGAAAGACAAAAAAGAGGAUGAGGGUGAAUUGAGCAUCAGAUAUUGGGAAUUGGUAGUGAUUGUGCGAAGUAAGUUUAUUCAUUCAAUUGCAAAUAAGCUGAAAGAUCUUAAAUUCUACAGCAAUGAAGUUCUGUUAUGUUGUGGGAAUGAGAAGUAGCAUUGCAAGUUUUCUUUCGAGUUCAGGGUAUCAAGCGAUAUUCAUAAAGCUCUACAUUCACACACACGAAAGAAUCUAGCCAAUUCAUAUCAAGAGGUGCAGAUAUAAUAUAAAUGAUGAAUGUUGAUUGGUUACCUGAGCCUCACAAAUGUAAAAUAGUUGAAAGUCGUCUGUUGGAGUAUGUUUUUACAACGAGUUUGAGGUUACUUUUUUAAAGCUCACAGAAAAAGCAGUAUUUUUCUAUCAAACUAACGGGAAAUAGUGGUUAUUGUCCUUCUCGUUCAAUGAUGCCUAGAUGUGGCAUAUUCAGCUUGCCGGGAGGCUGCCGGAACACUCUCUUUCAAAAUAUCUCCCGGAGCCAGAGGCCCUCACUUAGAACACUGGUCAAUUAUUCAAAGAUAACCACUUGCUCGUACCUCAGCAGAAAGGAAACAAGCAAAAGUGUCGGAAGUCAACAUGGAAGAAGCCUUCGCAGUAUCAAAGCAAGAGCCAUUUCGACGACUGUGAGCGAUGGAAAGGUCUCUAAUAUCAGUGAAGAUAUUCCAUCACCUGUUCUUACACCUUAUGUACCGCCAACUACUGGUCUUUUAUCAAAACUUCCUUCUUCUUGGGUACCAUAUGCCGAACUGAUAAGACUAGACAAACCAGCUGGAACAUAUUACCUAUUCUUUCCAUGCCUCUUUUCGACUUUACUGGCCGCUCCAUUAACUGUCCCCAUGGUCUCACCACUCACUGUCGUGGGAACAUCUCUUUUAUUCUUCAGCGGCGCUUUGAUCAUGCGUGGUGCAGGAUGUACUAUCAAUGACCUCUGGGAUCGAAACCUAGAUCCAAAUGUUACUCGAACCCGAUUACGUCCCAUUGCCCGAGGAGCCGUCUCUCCAUUCAAAGCCUUGGUCUUCACUGGAGGUCAACUUUUCGCUGGUCUUGCAAUCCUUCUACAAUUUCCCUACCAAUGCUUCUUCUAUGCUACCCCAAGCUUACUUUUCGUGGCUGCGUAUCCGCUCGCUAAACGAGUCACUCAUUAUCCGCAAUUUGUCUUGGGGUUGACAUUCUCCUGGGGCGCAAUCAUGGGAUUUCCUGCUCUUGGAAUUGAUCUUCUCUCGAAUAGCGCUGCUUUGACAGCAACUGGAUUUCUGUAUGCGUCGAAUGUGGCAUGGACGGUUUUAUACGAUAUGAUAUAUGCACAUAUGGAUAUCAAAGAUGAUGCCAAAGCAGGAAUCAAAAGUAUCGCAUUACGACAUGAUGCUCAAACCAAACAAAUCUUGACCGGGCUCGCCAUAACUCAGAUUGGAUUGCUGACAGCAGCCGGUGUUGCUGUUGGAGCAGGACCAGUCUUUUUUGUUGGUGGAUGUGGUGGUGCUGCUGUCACUUUGGCUGUCAUGAUCAAAAAGGUUAACUUAAAGAAUGUAAAGGAUUGUUGGUGGUGGUUUGUUAACGGAUGUUUAAUAACUGGCGGUACCAUUUCUGCCGGGAUCGGAGGAGAUUAUCUUGUUCGAUAUGUACAGAGGGCUGACAGCAACGGGCCCGAGGUUGAAAAUGAACGAAGAAAGUCUUCUUUUACUGUACUAUAUGAAUACCUGUUUUGAUAUUGAAGAGACUAAGCCAGUACUUCGUAUUAUACGGGUAUACCAGGCGCCCGACCGAUGGAAAAAGAGCCAAAAGUUAUCCUAGAUCAUAUACUUAGUAGCUCCUAUGGGUAAUGGAAAGCUACUCCAGAUAUCUAAUAAUUCCAAGGUUUCUAUAGAUAAUAUCAAGCUAUAUGUAAUCGUAAUACUAGCAGCAUUACACAACGUUAAAAUCCCUUCCAUCUA